AUGCAAAGAUUAUAUGCUAAAUCAGUUGCAAAUGUUAAUACAAUUAAUAUAUCUAUCAUUGGUAUGAAUGGUUCUGGAAAGUCAGCUGUGGUCGUCAAAUAUCUAACCCGUCGUUUCAUUGUGGAAUAUGCACCUUAUCUGAGUGACAGUUAUACGAAAGCUGAUUCAGUCGAUGGCCAUGAAUUAACAGUGAACAUUCAGGAUACAUCUGAUAGUGAUGAAAUUGAUCUUGAAGAUAUAAUUAAAUGGUCACAAGCAAUUAUUAUAUUAUUUUCUAUGACAACAAUUCAUUCACAAUCUGAAUCAAUUGACAGAAAACCAAAAUUAUCAGGAACACAACAAUUUAAAUCAAAUAAUUCACAACACAUAAAUACAUCAUCAUCAACAUCAUUAAGUACUUCAUCAGUUUCAUCAGUAAAUCCUAAUUCUAGCAGUACACAACAUAGUUUAACACAAUCUGGUUCUUUAAGACGUUCAGCAUUAUAUAAUAUUAAUACUGUCAAACCACCUAGUAUAAUACUUGUUGCGAAUAAAUCAGAUUUGGAACGAUUUCGUUUGGUUCAAAAAGCAGAAGCUGAAGAGUUUGCAAAAUUUCAUGGAAUUCCAUAUUACGAGAUAACUGUUACUCAAACCUAUAGAGAAGUUCAAACUAUUUUCCAUGCAGCAGCUCGUCUUUGUCUUCAAUCGAAAGGUUUGAAACCACGUCAAAUGAAUGGACAGACUACAUCGAGUGGUAGAGGUAUUCUUCCUGGUGGAAAUCCUCCUAGUGUAUUAACAAGUUUAGCUGUGUCACCAAGCCUGUUACUACAGAAAAAAUCAACAUCUGUAUCACCUAAUCUCGAUGUAACAACAAGUACAGAAUCUGAAUUGAAUACAACAACAACAACAGCAGCAACAGGUGGGCCUGCUUCAAUUCUUUCCAAUCUUAAAUUAAGGGCAGCCAGUCCUAAUUUGGUUACAAGUGGGAUAAAAACACCAACAUCUAUUAGAUUCAUUGGAUCACAAUCUAUUCUAAAUUCAAAACUACCCCCAACCCCACCCAACCAACCAGUAACUCAACUUUCUUCAUCUCAACAACAACAACAACAACAACAAACGAAUUCAAAACCUGUCACAAUCCAACCUACAUCAAUGACACAAACACCAAAUACAUUAACUCGUAAACAUCCAAGUGUAAGUAGUAGUCAACCAUCAACAGAACAACAAACAACAUCUUCUAUUACACCAGCUAAUAUUAAUCAAACAUUAUCAACAUCACAAAUACAAUUAAAUAAAAAACCACCUUCUAUAACACUUCCUCAACCGAAAAAAUCCGGUUUAGGUUUUAAAUUUUUCUCUAAAAAAAAGUAA